AUGGAGCCCGUCAUCUCACCCAGUGGUACAGUACUCACCAUAAUGCACCACAACUCAACCUCCCCUCCAACUUCCAGCUCCGUGAACAUGUUCCUGGAGAUACUGACAGUCAUCUUCGCCCUGGUAGGGCUGCCUGGAAACGUGACUGUGUUCUGGCUCCUGGGCUUCUGUGUGAACAGGAACAUCAUCUCAGUCUAUGUCCUCAGCUUGGCCACAUCAGACUUCCUUUUCCUCUGCUGCCUCUUUGUAUUCUAUCUGUGGGAACUUGUUGAUACCUCUGGCAUUGACUACUACAUCUACAUACAUGCUGUGGGGAUGUGUUUCCACAGCAUGAGUCUGUUCCUGCUCACUGCCAUUAGCUUGGAGCGAUGCCUUGCAGUCCUGUUCCCCAUGUGGUACCGCUGCCACCGCCCAAGACAUAUGUCAGCUGUUGUGAUGCUCUGUGGACCUAGGAGGUUGCCAUCAACCAGGCUGUAUGUAACCAUCGGGCUUUCAGUGCUGGUCUUCCUCCUCUGUGGCCUACCUAUAGGCAUCUUGCGGACUUUUAGCGCCAAAGUUCAGUUUCAAAAUCAGCUUUCAAAUUUUAAGGCCAUUGAGAGGAUUGCUUUUCUGCUGUCUAGUGUCAGCAGCACUGCCAACCCCAUCAUUUACUUCUUUGUUGGCUCCUGUAGGCAGAAACAGCAACAGCGGCAAUGGCCACGUUCCCUGAAGCUGGUUCUCCAGAAGGCCUUGGAGGAAGCAGAUGAGGGAGGGAACAGUGGAGACUGUCUUCCUCCGGAAAGCAUGGAGAAGUCAGAAUCCCCUUAA